AUGCCGACGCUGAUGCUGAUGCUGAUGCUGAUCAGGGGGAUGAUGAUGACACUGGAAGGAGAUGAGGGGAAACCAGUCAGUUCAGUCAAUUCAGUCCGGGCAGAAGCUUCUGGAGGGCGGAGACGGCAACCGACGAGCAGCAGCAAUAAUCACACUUCUCUAGCGGCUGAUCAAGACCCCCGGAAGGAAUCCACCCGGUGGGUUCGGAUGCUGCGAUCUGAUUGCAAACUCACAACAGACUCCCGAGAAGGUUCAGACUUGGGUUCCUGUGACCCCCUGAACCGAGAACUCGCAGAGGAGAAGAGACCGGGAUGGUUGGAGGUUGGAGAGGAGCGUGUGGAAAGGGAAGAGGCUGAAGAAGCGAAAGAAAAGACUCACAAUCAGGUGAGACCCGAGCUGGUGUCCGGGACACUUGUACUGGCCGUUUCAGUUUUGGGCUCCGCUGCGAUUGAGUCCGGUCGAGCAGACUGGAGCGAGUCAGAUCGGGCGAUGUGGAGCUGUGGGAGACCACCGAAAAAGGACCUGCUCAGGUAG